GCAGAGCCCCGGGAGAAAGCGGACGGGGCCUUGGGAACCUGGAGCUCGAGUCGGAGCCGAGGGACGUGUCUCGGUGCGGAGGAGGGAAGCAGAUCCCAGUCAGGAUGCACCCAGGCUUCGCUGUGGGCCUGGUGUUCACGGGCUGCACCAGUAACGUGGUGUUCCUGGAGCUGUUGGUCAGGCGUUUUCCAGGAUGCGGGAAUAUAGUGACUUUCGCACAAUUCCUAUUUAUAGCUCUGGAAGGCUUGAUUUUCGAAGCUAAUUUCUUCAGGAAGCCCCGAUUCAUUCCGUUCAGGAAUUACACAAUUAUGGUGACCAUGUUUUUUGUUGUAAGCGUGAUCAACAAUUACUCCCUCAACUUCAACGUCCCUAUGCCGCUGCAUAUGAUCUUCAGAUCUGGCUCGUUGAUAGCCAGUAUGAUCCUUGGGAUUAUGAUAUUGAAGAAGAGAUAUUCAUUGGAAAAAUACAUCUCAAUAGCCUUGAUCUCUGUGGGGAUUUUUAUUUGUACCUUAAUGUCUGCCAAACAAGUGUCAUCGAUUGAAACGGGUGAUCAUAGCCUCAUACACUGGCUGAUAGGUAUUAGUAUGCUGACCGUUGCACUUUUCAUGUCGGCGAGAAUGGGAGUCUUUCAGGAGAGCAUCUAUAAGGAGCACGGCAAACACUCCAAGGAGGCCAUGUUUUACAAUCACUUCCUACCGUUGCCGGGGUUUCUCCUCUUUGCCUCUGAUAUUCACAGACACGGAGUCCUCUUCAGUCAGUCAGAGCCAGUGGAGCUGCCGUUGCUGGGAAUGACGGUACCAAUCAUGUGGCUCUACCUGGUGCUGAAUGUUCUGACUCAAUAUGUCUGUAUCCGCGGUGUUUUCAUUCUGACGACCGAGUGCACGUCCCUGACCGUCACGCUGGUGGUGACCCUGCGCAAGUUCGUCAGCCUCAUCUUCUCCAUCAUUUACUUCGAGAACCCCUUCACCCUCUGGCACUGGUUAGGGACAGCGGUGGUGUUCGUCGGCACCCUGAUGUACACCGAGGUUUGGGGACAUUUCAGGACUCUGCUUGGAGGACACAAGAAAGUAAAGGACAAAUAGGUUUGCUGUCAUUUUGCUGGACCAAGUCUGACAGGAGUGAACAGAGGCUCGGAUGGAGUUUGCUGGUCAGUGAUAACUCUUCCCCUUUCAGAAAUGUCAAAGUGACUGUCCAGGCAAAUCUCUCUCCUUUGCCCUUGAAAAUUUGAUUUUUUUUUUGCAACGGCUAUAACGGGUAUCUAAAAAUAAUUUUUCCUUCCCACUGCUCUGUGAAGAUUCACUGAAAUCGGUCUGUUUGAGUCAUUAUCUGUUUGAGACAGAACUAGGAUUCAGAGACUGGUUUUGAAAAGGGCCAGAGGAGUAACCUUCCAUCCGGUGGCGUUUCAGCAAGUAUAAGAGAUUAUUAAUUGGUUUUCUGGGGGUAAUAAUCCCUUAAAAUAAUAAU